CAGGACUCAGGAGGAGGAGAGAGGGAGGUUAGCGAGUGAAGAAAAUGGCGGGCGUGCAGGUUGACUGCUGCAAACGCAUUGAAUUCCUGUAGCCUUAUUACCGGCUUCCAUAUUCGCUCUGUUGCACUUUAAAUUCACGAGAGAAUUGGAAGCUAUAGCCACCAAAGAAGCUGAAGAGAAGCAAAACAGGGAUAUAGUGCAAGAAAAGGAAGAACAGUUGAUGGAAGAAAGGAAAAAGCGGAAAGACGAGAAGAAAAAGAAGGAAGCUGGUUUAAAGAAGGCCUCUGAACAAAAAAACAAAGUGCCAGAACAUAUCAAGUCCAGUUUAAGCCAGCCUCAGCCUGCCAACCCGAAGAGCGACGCCUCCACUGUAACCAGCACCGUCAGCAAUGCCAAGCGGGCCCCAGCCAGCAGCCACCCGCAAGUCCCGCCUCGAUACCCGGCCCGCGAAGUCCCGCCACGUUUCCGGCAGCACGAGCAGAAGCAGCUGCUGAAGCGCGGACAGCCCCUCCCCCUCCCCGCUGCCACCCUGGGAUCUCCAGCGCCGCUCGCCACCGCCCAGACAGGGGGCGCCGCACUCGCCAGCGAGCCGCCGUUCCUCAGCAGCGCCAACGCCAACCUCCCAGGCAUGCCUCCCAUACGGGAUUUGGCCAGCCACUCCCCUAACCAGACAGAGUUGAAUCACAGUGCUCUUGGCUCUCAUUAUGAAAAUUCCCAUUGGAGUUCUGGUUCUCCUGGCAGUGACUCAAACACCACUUGGGAUAAAGUUAUUGUAGACGGCUGCGACAAGGAAGCCUGGCCUUCUAUCACUGGUAGUGACCCAGAGUUAGCCACAGAAUGUAUGGAUGCUGACUCUGCCUCAAGCUCUGGGUCUGAGAAAAACCUUAGUAUAAUGGCUUCUGGGAGCGCUGGCGGUGACAGCAAUGGCAAUAGACAAGGAAAUGGACAUGGUUCUCAUUUUAUGGUUGCAAAUGGCAGCAAUAAUGUGGGCAAUGGGAGUAUUAAGGGACCCUGGGGCUUAUCCCAUGGCUCGAUGCUAAGCACAUGUCAAAGCCCUGGGGAGAAUCCCAAUGGCAAAUUACCCGAAAGUAGCCAUGGUAAAUUAAAUGCAUGGGGCACCCUAGGUUCCUCAACCAAUGGAGGUAUAAAUCCAAGCACUUUGAACCCAAAUGCCAACCAUGGUGCCUGGCCUGUUUUGGAAAACAGUGGGCAUAAUCCACAUGGGCCUGUUGGGAAUGGGAACAGUGGCACCAAUACUCAACGUAGCACCAUAGGUCAAACGCCCAGCAGCCAGAGUAUUAACUCUAAGAUGGGCCUCUCCACCCACACCCCCUGGGGCAGCCUCCAGGACAACAAUACAGAGUCUGAAGUCAAUGGUACAAGUAAGGUUUCGUUAAACGGGCAACCUCAAAACCUUAACACUGAAUUGAAUGGACCAAAUAACACUACUAACAUGAUGACCUCUAGUUUACCAAACUCUACUGGUUCAAUGCAGAUGAAUGAACUUCCCACAGGGCACCGAGCCUGGCACGUGGGUACAGGGAGCUCGCCUCAGCUCCAGGCCUCUUCAGUUUCUAAUGGCACUUCCAUUUCUCAGCAUGGCAACAGCGAGGGAAUAAACAGUGGGUCUUAUGGCUCAGCAUGGGGAACUCCACAAGACUCCAAUUACUCUGGAGACAAAUGCUCUGUCCCUAAAGGCCAAACUGUUGGCGACACUGUGAAUGCAACUCUAAUGCAGUCUGGAGUCAAUGGAUCAACUGCAAGCGCUACUUUUAAGAAUAAUAAUAAUAAUGGCAUGGGGGUGCGUGGAGGAGGGUGGGGCUCUGCACCCACAGCCUCCCAGAACCUGCCAUGGGGAGCGGGGAAUGGUGUCGGCCCCACAGGGAUCCCUCGCCCUUGGGGCAGCGCGUCAUCAUCCUCGUCUUCAUCCUCCUCGUCCUCCUCUUCAAACACUGGCACUAAGAUCUCCAACGGGGAAUGGAACACCCUGCCGAGCAACAAUCAGCAUUCCAAUGAAGGCAUAACCGGGAGCAGGAAGGGAACAAACGGAUGGAUGUCCCUGGAGGACGAUGCUCUGGGUGAAGGGGGAGCCGGGCAGGCGUCCCAACUGAACAAUCAGGGCGGCACAUGGGCCAAAUCAACUGGCAGUGAGGGUAGCAGCGAGAGCAGCCGCGGGGACAGAGAUGGACAGCACACCAGCAACCGGAGGAGGGGCAAUACCCAGGAAGUGGUGCAGACCCCCAUCACCAGGACUGACCUGGACCCCCGAGUCCUUUCCAACACCGGGUGGGGUCAGACCCCAGUCCGGCAGAACACAACCUGGGACACUGUGGCCGCCUCUAACGCUGAGAAAAAGGCGGACAAUGGGACAGACGCCUGGGGUGGCUCCGGCUCCCAGGCACCUAACUCAGGCGGGUGGGGGGACGGUCCUGGCACCAACGGCAAAGGAACCUCAUCAGUAUCUGGGUGGUCUGAUCCCAAGCCUGACCCUGGUUGGGGAGAAGCCAAACGCCCCAGUGGUGAUGGAGGCUGGGAGGACAACGCUGCUACCACGGGAGUAGGAAAGAGCAAUCAGUCAUGGGGAAGCGUCAAGGAUGAGAGAGCUUCUUCUACUUGGAACAAUGCACAAAAGGUCAAACAGGGAUGGACUGAAGGACAGAAGUCAAACCAGGGCUGGGGUGCUGCACCAGGCAGCGAGGGGUGGGGAGCAGAUCCCCCUCCUGCGAAUCACUGGGGCAAUCCCCCAAAGCCAGGAUCGGCAGGCUGCGACAGUGACAGUGACCGCUCGGGCUCUGGCUGGAGCGAGCAGGGCAGGGGAGGCACAGGCAACAACUGGUGCGGCAGUGGAGGGAGCAGCACUCCCAACAGCGGUGGUCCGACUGGCUGGGGCGAGCCUACCAAGACAAAUCACAAGCAAGGAUGGGGAGAGCCUAAUAAAACCAGCAAUCAGAGCCAAGGCUGGGGAGAGCCCCCCAAGCCCAGUCACUGCAGUUCCGGAUGGGGCGACUCUGCUAAACCCUGUGACACCCCAGACUGGGGCAGCAAGCCACAGGAUGCUUCCACAGGGCAGUCCUCAUGGGGAGUCCCUGCAUCGCAGCCAGCGGCCCCUGCCCCGAACAAACCUUCUGGCUGGCAGGGGGGCCCAAUGCCAUCUACCCUGAAAGAGGAGGAAUCUACAGGCUGGGAAGAGCCCUCACCUGAGUCUGUCAGGCGCAAAAUGGAGAUCGAUGAUGGUACUUCAGCUUGGGGAGACCCCAACAAGUACAAGUACAACAAUGUGAACAUGUGGAACAAGAACGGCGGGGGCGAGCAGGAUCCUCCGAUGGCCCCUCCGCAGCAGCCUCAGCCGCACCCACCACAGCCUGUGCUGCCCCCAAAUGCUGUGUCCAGCAAGGACAAGCCUUGUAACUUGGGGUGGGGAGAGCCAUAUGGAGCCCCACAGAAAUCUGAGUCCUCAUGGGAGUCUGCAGGGCCCCCUGUCUCUGUGGACAACGGCACCUCAGCCUGGGGCAAGCCUGUAGACACUGGGCCCGGCUGGGAAGAGCCUGGAAGGCAGAAUGCCAAUGCUGGCAGCUGGGGAGGCCCCACAGUGGGACAGCAGGCUCCCCACAAACCUGGGCCCAAACCUAUGCAAGACAACUGGUGUGGUGAGGAGACACCCAUGGCGGGACCUCGCCAUCCAACCUGGGAGGAAGAGGAGGAGGUGGAGAUCGGGAUGUGGAACAACACCCCGUCUCAGGACAUGAACCAGCAAGGGAACUGGUCCUAUAUGAAGAAGAUGCCUCCAAAGGUCAAUAAAGGAGGCAACAAGCAAGAUGAUGCAUGGAUGAAUCAGUUUGUGAAGCAGUUCAACAACAUGAAUUUCCCAAGGGAAUCUGAAGAAGCUAUGAAGAACAGUAAGAUGGAAAUGUCUGGUGGGAUGUUGGCAGAUAAGCGCAUGGAGGUGGACAAACCUGUUCUAAAUAUGGGAGAAUACAAUGGUGUGAUUGGAAAGAGCCCUGUAUCACGCCAUCAGAUGUCCAAAGAGUCUUCCAUGGAGCGAAGCCCCUAUUUUGAUAAGAAUGUUAAUCCCAUGUUCGGUAGCAGUAAUGCAGCAGCACAAGGCAGGAGCACCCAGCAGCCUCCAGCACAACCUCUGAACUCAUCGCAGCCUAAUCUCCGCACUCAAGUGCCUCCACCGUUGCUUUCCCCUCAGGUUCCAGCAUCAUUGUUGAAGUAUCCUCCCAGUAACGGAGGCUUGAACCCUCUGUUUGGGCCACAGCAGGUUGCUAUGCUGAACCAGCUCUCCCAGUUAAACCAGCUUUCCCAGCUGCAGCGCCUCCUCCUGCAACAGCAGAAAGUGCAUAACCAGAGGAACAUGCCCAUCGGUGGACGUCAGCAGCAGGAGCACCAGGGCCGAGCUCUGGGCUCCUCCCAGCAGAUGAUGCAGCCCCCUCGCCACCUGGAUCCUUCCAUGAUGAAGCAGCAGCCUUCCCCACAGCCCUCAUCGCUACACCAGUCAGGCCUCAAGUCAUACCUGGAGAACUUCAUGCCCCCGAACGCGGCCGAGCUGCAGAAAGAGCAGAGUGCCCUGGGCUCCUUCAGUAACUUCCCUCUAGGUGGGUUCGCUCCCCCUCCCAGCGUAGGGCAUGGCGACUCUCUGUUGCACCAGGCUGCGAAGCACCCCAUGAUUUCCGCGCAGCACGCGCCCGGCUACCCCCCGGCUGGCGCUAAUCACAGCCACAGCUUCCACAGCCCGCCACAGAGCAACGGCCACGCCGCGCCCGGCUCCCCCAUCCACCCCCGGGCUGGGAGGACCUUCGGCAGCCACGAGAGCAACUGUGUGUCAGCACGAGGCUUGAAUUCAAACUUGAAUGUAAACAAUCUGGAUAUUGGCAGUAUUAGUUAUAAAGAGCCCCAGUCCCGGCUGAAGAAAUGGACUGCCUUGGACAACUCACCGCUAGAUCAAAACUCCGGCAAAACUGGUGCUAUCUCCUCUGGACUGAGGCUUGAAGAUUCCCCCUUUGGUCCGUAUGACUUCAUGAAUACCAGUAACUCUCCUGUCAGCCCUCCUGGAUCUGUGGGAGACGGCUGGCCAAACCGUGCCAAAUCGCCACAUGGCUCCAGCAAUGUCAACUGGCCUCCAGAAUUUCGCCCUGGUGAGCCUUGGAAAGGAUAUCCAAACAUUGACCCUGAAACUGACCCUUAUGUCACUCCCGGCAGUGUGAUUAAUAAUCUCUCCAUUAAUACUGUCCGGGAUGUCGACCACCUCAGGGACAGGAACAAUGGGUCAACCUCAUCUCUGAACACCACGCUGCCUUCAAAUAGUGCCUGGUCAUCCAUUCGUGCCUCCAACUACAGUGGUUCCCUCAGCAGUACAGCACAAAGCACUUCAGCCAGAAACAGUGACUCCAAAUACACAUGGUCCCCUGGUCCGGUCACAAACACCUCUUUGGCUCACGAGCUGUGGAAGGUUCCUCUGCCCCCGAAAGGCAUCACCGCUCCGUCCCGCCCGCCCCCGGGCCUGACAGGCCAGAAGCCCCCAUCGUCCUGGGACAGUAACUCCAUGCGGCUGGGGGGCUGGGGUGGCUCCGACUCCAGAUACACCCCUGGUUCCAGUUGGGGCGACAACAGCUCAGGGAGAACAACUUGGCUUGUUCUCAAAAAUCUCACACCUCAGAUCGACGGCUCCACCCUGCGCACCCUCUGCAUGCAGCACGGCCCGCUGAUUACAUUCCACCUGAACCUGCCCCACGGCAAUGCCGUCGUGUGCUACAGCUCCAAGGAGGAGGCGGCCAAGGCACAGAAAUCUCUGCACAUGUGCGUUUUAGGGAACACUACUAUCCUCGCUGAGUUCGCUAGUGAAGAGGAGAUCAGCCGUUUCUUUGCACAAGGCCAGUCCAUGACUGCCUCGCCCGGCUGGCAGAGCCUGGGCGCCUCUCAGAACCGGAUGGGGUCCAUGGAGGCCUCCCACCCUUUCCCCAACCGCAAUGAUCCAAACCACUGGAACGGUGCUGGGCUGUCGGGCGGGGGCGGAGGAGACCUCCACGGCACGUCUCUCUGGGGCGCCCCCAACUAUUCCUCCAGCCUGUGGGGGAACCCCAGCAGCAGCGAGGGCCGCGGGCUGAGCAGCCCCUCCCCCAUCAACUCCUUCCUCCCCGUCGACCACUUGGCCGGAGGUGGGGACACCAUGUAAUACACCUCUCACCCUCCGACUUAGGAACUGUGACCUCAGUGUGUAAUAAUAUUAACAGUAAUCAUAAUAAUUAGAAUAAUAAGGAAAACAAAUGGCACUAGUUUGACUUUUUCCCACCUAUGAAAAAAAAUAAGAAAAAAAAAAGAAAGAAAAAAAAUGGGGUCACCCUGUGGAAGCAAGUUACUUUUUUCUGCACAUUUUUCCUCUUUGUUUUAGCCCAAAACAUAUCAGUUUGAAUACUUGAAUCAUGCAGGCCAAUAUUAUAAUGUGAAAAGGAUAUAUUUACACUUCCAGGUAGUGCUCUUCAUGGAAAAAAAAAAAAAAUGCUUCAAAUGAGCUCACUUGUUUAUUCAUCAUGUUUAUUUGAAUUCCAGUUUUUUCUUUUUAUUGCGUUUGUUUGCUGACAAUGUUGGAGUAUGAGCUUUUAACUUUGCACUGAAUGUGGUUUUUCUCAGUAUAAUCCGCAAUAUAGAGGGAGCCCACAGUUCCAGUGUAGUUGUUUACUCAAGGAUGUUCUUAAAAAGCGUGCGCUCUACUAUGCCUUGAUGUACGCCUACCUUAUUGUGGUAUUGUGGAGUUCAAGAUCAAGAUAUAAAUGCUGACUUAGGACUAUUUGACAAUAUUAAAGAAAUAAGUAUUGCACCAAUUGUUGUUUAAAACUAAAGAGUUUAGCUCUGCAGUGUAAAAAACUGUAGCCACAGCUGUGACUUGCAAACCCGACCUGCAAGCCAGGGGGAACAGCACUUUCAAAUAGGCUUUCAAUUUUGUUUUGGAGGCGCCACCGUUGUGCCCUCUUGUUUACAGACUUUUUGAGGAAAAAAAAAAGUGUUUACUCUUCCUUCAUUUUAAAAUAAAAAAAAUAUAUUUAAAAAUUUCACAAAAAAAAAUAUAAAAAGAAAAAAGUACUUUAAAAAAAACGACAAAAAUGCAAAAAAAGAAAAAAAACAAAAUGUAUAUUGAGGAUGAAGACGAAGCUUUCUAUCUCUGGGAAUACUGAUCAGUGUUUGGCCAUGUUUUUUUUUGUUUUGUUUUUGUUUGUUUUUUCUUUUCUUUUUUCUUUUUUGAUGUUUGUUUUUUAAUCUAUUACUCUCGUCUGCUAAAUAACGAGCAUGGUUCUCAGGAAAUAUACCCAGUUUCCCCAAGUAGAAACUCCUUGUAGGAAAAUCCAACUUUUAGCACUGAAACUACUUAUAGCUCUGUAAGUUUUUCUCUGCCAAAUAACUGCUUUAAGCUGGAGACAUUCUACAUACUGCUUUGAAAAAUGCUGUCUUUUUAUUAGUGAGUUGAGAUGGUUUUGCCGAAUCGCUAUAUUUGUCAUUUUCCUUCCCUUUAUUCCCAUUAUGGAGUGGCUCAAUGUUUUUUGCUCUUUGUGACUGUCAAAUUUAAUUGUUGUACUUUAAAAAAGAAAAGUGGAAAUCGGUAACUAUGCAUACUGUAACCAGAUAUCUGGCUUACAGAAUCAUUUUGUUUUGUUAAAAAAAUGUUUUAAAUGUUAAAAUGCAAAUGCUUCAUUUGCAAAACUUUCUCCUUGCCACAAAUGGUGUUCUAUAAGAGUAAGAGAAACGGUCUUGUUUGGUCAUUCAGGAACAAACGAGAUUGACAUUUUAACAGUGCAAAAGUCGCCCACAUUUCAUUGCCUUGAUUUAAAUUGUGUCCGAAGAUGCAACGAGUCAAGUGGCUUUUAACUGUUUACAAAUAGAAUGUGAUUGUAAUGUGUACAGUUUGGUUGUGUUGAAAUCUGAAGUUCCUCAAUCUUAAUAAAUCAUGACGUUUUGGCUGCUCAGUACGUUGUUGUUUGAACGCUGGUUUGACUUUUGAAAUGCUGGGCCUCUGUGAUUGGGAGGCUUAAAAAGGCUAGAACAGUGGUGAAUGUAAUCUUUUGCUGGUAGUUCAAAUACAUACAGAAAACAAUGUGUGUAUAUUUACAUACAAACAAUAUAUACAAUAUUGAUUGUUUAGUUACUACAAUGAUGCACAAUUUAUCAAAGCUUCAAAGAAAGAUUUCAGCAUUAGGCUAAGCCAUGGACCUUAAUUUCUUUUUAUUGUUUUAGCUUUUUUUUUUUUCUUUGUUUUUUUUUUCUUUGUUUUUUAAGUUAAAUUCUCCGUAUUGAUAAAUUGAAAGCAUUGUUUAAGAAAUACAUUGAGUAUUACCCAGACUUCCUAGAGGCAUGCCAGUGUUGAACUAUUAAGUACAUGCUCUACCAAAUAUGAAUCAAACUCUUUCUCCAGAUGUUGCAUUUCUCAUUUUGUUAAAACAAUUUACUGAACAUUUAAACCAGGUUGAUCUUUAGAAAUGUAUCAUAAGAAAUUGAGACAAAAAGCCUUGGAUUUGCACUUGGUGUGUGUAUAGAUGUAUAGAAUUGUUCAGUUGUACAUGGUACGUGUAUAUUUCCUAAACGGUGAGAAGCAUUGCGAUGGAUGUGGAGAAGGCUCUUGGAUGGAUGGUUCUGUUGUAAGUUUGUCUUGUUCAGUUCUUUAUGUAUGUUGCUUUUCUCGGUUGUGGUGUUUAAGCAGUCCAGGUUUUCUCCAAGUCGACCAGCUCCAUUCCCUCGCAGUAGGAGUGAGGACGAGGUGUCCUAGCCUGGAAAAUAAGCAGACGCCAACAAGGCAUUAUUGCGGGUCUGGGUAAUGGGUCUGGGUGACCCUGCUGGAAUAUUGUGGAACUCCCUCAUUGCUCCUCUAGCACUGACUACAAGUGGCUUGGGUGCUGGGCUCUGAGGGGUUUACUUGACCAGGGUAGCCAUGUCUGUUCCUUGUACUCUUGAGAUGCACCAUCUUGAAGGUGUGCAACACUCUUAAGUGCAGGCCUGGGUUUAUUUAGCUGUGCUUAUAUCAGACACAGGUGUGUGCAUAUCCUUUCCCUGCCUCCGAUUGCUUAUGUUUUUCUGUAUUGGAGUGAACUGACGUAGAGUAGGGAAAAGCCAGUUGUAUCCACCCUGUUUUCUACUUUAUACUUUAUUAUUAUGAAUUUUUGGCCUUUGGUUUUCUGUCAGCUUUAUCGUGCACCUAUGUAGAGCUGUCGAUGUUGGACAAUAUCUCACGGGGAUGUUGUGUAAAAACCCACUGUUAUGCCAAAUUGGGGAGGGAGAGGGAGGGAUGGGGACAAGAGGGACUGGUUAUUUUGUACAAAUCUGGACAAUGUAUAUGCUUGAAUUGUCAUCUACAAAUAGCUACUGUGAGAAAGAAACAAAAAAAUUAGCAAUGUACAAUCCCCAUUGCUGCUCUGCAGUUCUUUUGUAUCGCCAUGUCAAAGUGGAGGAAUAAGGGUUGGCCAGACAUUCUACUUUUGUAUUAAGUAAAUGUGACUCUUUACUGAUGUAUCCUCUGAGUGAAUUUUAAACACCCCUCUUUUACAUGGUUCCUACUGUUUAACAAUGUGCUGAGGCUAUUUACUUUUCAUACUGUGAGCAUUGCCGUCUUGUCCUUUUAUAAACCCUGUUAAAGCUUUAGUGAAAGCAGCACAAAGAACCAGAACAAUAAAUCUAAAAUAGCCUGGACUUUUUUUCUGAAGUUCCAUUAAAAGUCAGUCUAUGCAGUGUGAAGGUAAUGAGGCCGUUGUGUCCAUUUUGCUUGCUUUAAACAAUCCUAGAGUAAAGGCAGGAUUGAGAACGUCACUGAACAUGUGCCAUUAAAAAGUGUAUUUUGAAAGAUUGGCCAGUAGUAGCAUUUGCGAUGUAUUGUUCACAGAUUCCCCCCACGCGGACUGUGACGGCAAAUUUACCUUUUUUUAAAUAAAAAUAAAUAUAUAUCAAAAGUUGGGGGAAAAGGUUGAAGUGCUCACUUAUAACUUAUGCACAUUGCUUUGGUAGACUGUUGACGGAUAGACGGUACAAUGUAUAGAAAACAAUACGUCUAAUUUACCAACUUAAAUGAGCAGGAAGUACCUUUUUGUGUCUUCUUGGGAUCAUUUGAGAAUUUUAUCUUGGGGAACUGCACUUUUUGAAGGACAAUCCUUAUUUGUAUUGGUAUACAUUUUGACUAAAGAAUAAGUAAUACAAGGUAGAAACUGUCAAUUGUGUGAUGAAUGUUUCCAUUGAUGCUGUCAUUUUAACUUUUUUUCUUCUGUGUUGCUUGCGUUUAAAUUUUAGUGCUAAUAUGUAAUAAGAUGUAGAUUAGAUAUUAGGUCUUUUGUUGACUGUACUUGUAGACUGAUUACUGUUUGUAAGGUUAUGCUGAUCUCUGCAUCAGACUACAAAGCUGUAUAACUUGGGUGCAACCCACAAUAAAAUCCUAACAGUGA